AUCUAUACUCUGCAUUUAACUGGCAUUUGACAAGCGGCGACUAUUUCUACGUGUCAAGCGAACAUUUAAUCGGUAUACGUGUAGUUAAUUUAGUAAAUUUGUGUUACUUUAACGAAAAUAAAAUAAAAUGCAUACCGUACUAACGCGGGGCAAUGCCACUGUUGCAUAUUCAUUGAGUGUACUCGCCUGCUUAACAUUUUGUUGCUUUCUUUCGACCGUCUUCCUGGAUAGCAGGACAACUGCACACGUAAACACUGUAAAGGUGCUGGUCAAAAAUAUGCCUGACUACAGCGCUUCACGUGAAAAACAUGAUUUGGGUUUCCUUACCUUCGAUUUGGAGACGAAUUUGACCAGCCUCUUCAAUUGGAAUGUUAAACAAUUGUUCCUUUACCUAACCGCUGAAUAUAAAACUGCAGACAAUGUGCUGAAUCAAGUAGUGUUGUGGGAUAAAAUAAUAUUACGCGGUGAAAAUUCUGCUUUAGAUUUCAAAAAUAUGAAUACGAAAUAUUACUUCUGGGAUGAUGGCAAUGGUUUGAAGAAUAACAGAAAUGUUUCGCUAUAUCUCUCAUGGAAUAUCAUACCAAAUGCAGGCUUGUUGCCAACAAUCAGAUCACUUGGUACACACACAUUCAAAUUCCCAGCUGAAUAUUCAGUUGCUCCAGUGUAAAAAACGUAUUUUUUACCCAAAAACUAUAAAUUUGAUUUCUAAUUAACAGAAAGUACUAAAACAAACA